CUUCCAGGGCUGCUGGGAUUCUGGUGAGGGAGAGUCUGUGUCCCGUGAGCCUCACAGAGAUGUUCAGUGCUUGGGAUCGCCGGGAACGGCCCCCAGAGGAAGGAGCAGCUGCAGGGCUCCAGGGCUUCGGAGUGGACAAGACCUUCCUGUCUUCCCUCAAAGGCAUCCUGCUGGAAACUGAGCUGGCCCUGACCCUCGUCAUCUUCAUUUGCUUCACGGCCUCCAUCUCCGCCUACAUGGCCGCAGCGUUGCUAGAGUUCUUCAUCACACUGGCCUUCCUCUUCCUCUACGCCACGCAGUACUACCAGCGCUUCGAUAGGCUUAACUGGCCUUGUCUGGACUUCCUCCGGUGUCUCAGUGCCAUUAUCAUCUUCCUGGUGGUCUCCUUUGCUGCUGUGACCUCGAAGGAGGGAGCUGCCAUUGCUGCUUUUGUGUUUGGCAUCAUCCUGGUCUCCGUCUUUGCCUAUGAUGCAUUCAAGGUCUACCAAACUGAGUUGAUGCCCAGGACCACAGAGGGGGACCAGCAGUGAUUCCAGGGUUACCUGACUCCCACGACCAGACACAAGGAACCGUGGAGCCAUAAUUAUCAUCUUUGAAUUCACUGAGCCCCAAGUGCCCACCAUCUACUCCAAGUCUUCAGAGAUGUGUC